ACCCCGAGCGCAGGGCCGAGGAGCGCGGACCCGGAUGGAACAGGUCGUCGGCAGCCCCGGGGCGGAGGGAACGCCGACCCAGCACGAGAGGCACGCAUGCGAUGGCGCUGGAGCCGACGGCGGCUGCAUCGCAGGUGCUGGCUGUGCUGCAGAGGCCACGACCCCAGGCGUGGUGGCAUCGGGCCCCCUCCGGGAAGCCCUGCGGGCCUUGCUGCCUCCGCAGGCAGAGCUGCGGCUGGAACUGGGCGAGGCAGUGGACCGCAGUGUGGGGAUGCUGGUGCAGCAGGCCACCGAGCUGCUGGGCGGCGGCCGGUGGGACCAGUGCCUGCAGAGCUGCGAGGUGCUCCUAGACUACGCGUGGGAACGGCUCAACACCGGGCCGUGGAGGGACGUGGACAAGGCCUGGCGGCGCGUCUACGCCUUCGGCUGCGUGCUCAAAGCCCUGUGUCUGUGCGAGGGCCCAGGCGAGGCCGCAGCCACCACCGCACUGCGAGCCUGCGACAUGGGCCUGCUGAUGGGCGCUGCCAUCUUUGGGAAUGUCCUCGUUAAAAUGGCCGCCAUUUUGCAGGCACACGUUCUGUCUGUGAAGAAGAGGCCUGCCCAGGGUUCCAGCGAGGAGCAGCCCGGAGCCAAGAGAGCGAGGAGUGAACCGGUACCUGCUCCAAAGGUGCCGCUGGACAGCGCGGUGCCCCGGCUGCACUGCCCAUCCCUGCAGCACUUCCGGGAGCACUUUCUGCUGCCCGGGCGGCCUGUGAUCUUGGAGGGCGUGGUGGACCACUGGCCCUGCAUGAAGAAGUGGAGCUUGGAGUACAUUCAGGAGGUUGCCGGCUGCCGCACAGUCCCUGUGGAGGUGGGAUCCAGGUACACAGAUGACGAGUGGUCCCAGAGGCUCAUGACAGUCAACGACUUCGUCAGCAAGCACAUUGUGAAUAAGGCCAAGGACGUCGGCUACCUUGCUCAGCACCAGCUGUUUGACCAGAUCCCGGAACUAAAGCAGGACAUUGGCAUCCCCGACUACUGCUGCCUGGGCCGAGGGGAGGAGGAGGAGAUCACCAUCAACGCCUGGUUUGGGCCGCAGGGCACCGUCUCGCCGCUGCACCAGGAUCCACAGCAGAACUUCCUUGUCCAGGUGCUGGGCAGGAAGUACAUCCAGCUGUACCCCCCACAGGAGUCGGAAGCCCUAUACCCCCACGAGACGCACCUUCUACACAACACCAGCCAGGUGGACGUGGAGAACCCGGACCUGGAGAAGUUCCCCAGGUUUGCCGAGGUCCAGUCCCUGGCCUGUGUCUUGGAGCCGGGCGACAUGCUGUUCAUCCCCGUGAAACACUGGCACUACGUGCGCGCGCUGGACCUCAGCUUCUCCGUCAGCUUCUGGUGGACGUAGCCCAGGGAAAGCCGCCCCAGUGGGCUCACUCAGGGAAUGAGGCCCCGU